CUGUGUUUGCCCUGCCCACUGUUUGCUCGCCCUGGCUGCCAUCAAGCCAACCUGUCAAUUAACCCAGCUAAGCUUAAGGCUAACUGUUUUUUUCAAGGGAAAAACUUCAUACUAGAGAUACUAAUGUUCAUGAGGCAUUUAAGCUAGCUAGCUAGCUAGCCAGCCAGCCAGCCAGCCAGCCAGUGAGUGCCAGCCAGUCAGCCAGCCAGUCACCAACAGUCUCACAUGUUGCCUCAGGACUUCUUUGAGGAGGAAGUUUGUGCUGGCUCUUCAUCAUAUCAGAGUUUCCUUUCCUAUUGUUGGCUGUUUGGAUCCCAAAAAGCUCUGCAGAGAUGCCAGAGAUGAAUGCUUCACUUCAGCUAGUUGCUGGAGGCGAUCAUGCAGGUCACUGGCUCGGCCGUUCAGCUGGAUGGGCCGGUGUGUGUUACGUUACGUCCUUGACUCCUGUCUGUCUGGCCCGCCAACGUGUUUUCAUUCCACAGCCGUAGCACCAGGCUUCAUCGCCAUGGAGAUAAACCACGGUUAUAAACACCCCGCGGGUCACGUCCAGGUCCCCCACCGGACACAUGGUGGCACUACGUACUUAUUGAGAGACCUGCAGCUUGGGUUCCUUCCAUCCUGCCUUGAACAUGAAAUCCCACCAAGCAGAACAGAGAUGGUCCUGCGGCGUGCUGUGGUCCAAUCGGGGCAGGAGGCGGCUGUGAUCCAGCGGCGACUAGGUAUGGCUGCUGCUGCGAUUCAACCGGGGCAGGAGGCGGCUGCAAUCCAGCGGCGACUAGGGAUGGCUGCUGCUGCAAUCCAACUGGGGCAGGAGGCUGCUGCGAUCCAGCCGGUAAAAGAGGCGACUGCAAUUCAGCGGCGGCAAUGGAUUGGUGCUGCUGCGAUCCAGCCGGGAAAGGAGGCGACUGCGAUCCAGCGGCGGCAAGGGAUUGGUGCUGCUGCGAUCCAGCCGGGAAAAGAGGCAACUGCGAUUCAGCGGCGACAAUGGUUUGGUGCUGCUGCGAUCCAGCUGCGACUGCGAUCUUUGACCUAGGCGUGGGUCCAGGCUGGCCGAGACGGGCAAACAGACACUGUUGGUUCUGGCCGUGGACACAGACUGUGAUAUAUGUUUUCCUAGAACCAGAGAGAAGGAAGUUGGGGCUUUUAAAAUAUCGCGGAUAUCAUUUAUUUUUAAUAAAUGGGAGUUUGGAGUGUCUGCACGAACUGCAAAGUCUUUUUGUCAAAAUGCUUUGCAGUGGACACUGCUAUAAGUUAAGUCAAUAACAGCUGGGGACUGCUGUUUCAAAUUCUAUUUUUUCUUUUAACCCCUGAUCUUAUAUAUGAACUGUGUGUGUGUGUGUGGAAGGGAACAGUAAAGCACAGUACUGAAGGCCAUAUCAGUCAGGUGGUGCAGGUGUUGUAUCUUUGUCUGUCUGUCCUCUCCAGUCAUCAGCACACAAAGAACUGAGCUUUGUGCCACACACACACACUCAUAUUACCUCAACUUUACCCUGUGGAGAAACCAGCCAGAGUGAGGGACACACAGGUUUGUUACCUGUAAAGGACUGUGGGAAUGACCCAGAAGAGUCGUGGGUCAGCAAUCCGGUCACACUUCCCUCUGGAGUUACCACUGACUCUUAAGGUUUUUAAAUUCUAUUACUUGUUCUGUUUCCAUCCAUAUCUUCCUCAAGUUUUAAGCUAAUUUCUAAAAGAAAUAUCAAAAUAAAAUGCAUAUUAGUGAGUAUUUCCAUUGUUAACACUAGUAAGGAUAGGCAAAAAUGUGACAAGAUUAUUAUUAUUAUUAUUAAUCAAGCACCAGUAAAUCUGAUACAUCAUGGGAUUUCAUUGCUGCUUACCAGAUGUCCUUUGUGUUAUUUUAAAAAUGACAUUUUUUUUAAUGAGCCACUAUCCUUGGCCAGACUUGAUCAAAGAAUGUUGCUAUUAUGUAGUGGGUUAUAUGUUCAAGAGCACCAGUUUACCAAAUGCUCCUGCUCUUUUUAUUCAUUAUUUUUUGGGCUUUCAACUGGACUGGCUCUAGACGUAACAGUUAGUGGCUGCAAUACACAUGAGCUCUGUCUACAGUAGAAGAACCAGAGAUAGGUAACUCAAUGUCAUUGACUGUUUGGAGAUUUUUUAAUCUUCUUUCAUAGAUACAACCAAACUUGAUUGCUAUAUUUUGGCU